AUUACUCGAGAAUGAAAAAAAACAUAAACUCAAAGAAACAAAACGUUUAUUGGAUCGAGGAGACUCCAAAAUCGUCAACAGCUUUUCGAAAGCUCAGACAAGCAAAAACGAUUCUGCAUGGCAAACAUGCUGGGUUUCUAGCACACAAAGUUUUUCAACAAGAAUUAAUCAAGCAAGGUACGGCUCUAUUAAGGUGUAACGAGGGCACGUUCCGCGUGCGCAAGAUAUACGGAGAUGGCAAUUGCACGUUUAGGGCAAUCAGUUACAUUUUGUGGAGGAACGAGGAAGAGCACCAAUCGCUCCGAGCUAUGGUUGUGCGACACAUUAGGGACAAUUGGCGGGACUACGGCCCGUUCGUGAUAGCCGAGUGGAACAUUUCGGAUCGCCAAGAGUAUUACGAUUACAUGAAUCCGGUGGGAACGUUCGCCAGCGAGCUGGAAUGCACCGUGGCCACAAAGCUCUAUCGCAUGAAUCUCUCGAUCUAUCGCGAGCUCGCUGGCAGAUACGAACUCGAACUGAUUUUCCACAACCGUGUCAAUAUCAACUACGAGACCGCAAGGCUUCUGUUCACUGGAUGCUCCGAAAAUGGUCAUUACGACGUGCUUUUACCCGACUCGAUGUCGAGCUUUUAUGUUAAUCGAUACACCAAUUAGCGAAAAUAGACAAAAAAAAUUGAGAUUUUUCAUUUUCAAUUAAAAAGAUCGAA